CAAUGGGUGCGGAGCGCUGGACGUGAAGGCCAAUGGAGCUGCGGGAGGGGGCGUGUCCCGGGUGCCCCUGGCGCCAGUGCCGGGGAUCCCCGUGCGGUCAGUGGCGUUUCCGCUCGGGCAGCGGGCUGAGUGAGCUGCCGCCGCCGCCGCCGCCGCCGUCGCCGCCGUCGCUGCUGCCGCCGCCGCUGGGGGAGGGGCGGCCUCCGCCCGCCAGCUUUCUCACAGACUCUCGCGCAGCAGCAGCAGCAGCAGCAGCAGCAGCAGCCGCCCCGCCAGUCCGCCCACACUCCCUCCCGUAUUUCCCCCCUCUCCGCCCGCGCGCCCGCCCUCGGUUCGCUCCGCCUUUCAGCCCCUACCCCCCACCCCCACCUCACAGGCUCGGGCCAUCCCCGGCCAAGAAACACCGCGGCGCUGCGCUGGGCCUAGCUCGAGUCCUGCUCUCCCCGGCAGUGCCGCACACCGCAGCCCGGGCCCGGCCCGGGCCCCCCGCGCCUGGGAGGGACACAGCAGAUCUUGUUCAUCAGGAUUGCAUCAUCUCUGGGAGAAUGGCCAAGGUCCGCAGCCCCGGUACAAAGACAGUCUGAAGCAGAUGAGGCCUGUUCUUUUUCUGAAGCGGCUCUCCUCUUCCUGCCAGUCCUCUUCACAGCAUUACUGAAGCACAGUUGUUCUGAAUUUCUUUCAUUGGAUUGGCUCUUCACUGGACUCUGUCUCCCAGCUGCUUCCGGCUCACCUGGCUGAUGCAAUUUCUUUCUCUGAAAUCUCUAUUGGAAUUGCUCUUAUAAUACUUUUUGUUUAUUUUCUCUGGGAGUGGCCAGAAAGAUCAUGAGUUUUGUACAUUCAGUAAGUCAUGUCAGAAUGACAGUAGCAGAGGCUGUUAGCCAAUAAGGAAGAAUCCUGUUCUAAAGGACAGGGGCAACUAUCAACAUUUUCUGGCCUGUUCUUUAUAACUGCCUUCCCCAGUAUGAUGACUCCUCGAGAGUGUUCAGUCCUAAGAGAUGUGCUGGUUCUACAGCCGGAUCAGACAACUGCCUGUGGCUCCAUGUGGAUUCUGAUGGAUUCUUCUGGGAAUAGUGAUGCUGAUGAGAAGUUCAGAUUCUGCUACAGUCAUGUUACCCUUACUAUAUACAUGUACACUCCCUUUCUCUCCUUUUCUCUGUCCUUUAUUCUUCUUUUAUUGCUUAUCACACAUAAUGGAUACUAUUCUCUCUGGUAAUUUUCAUUUUUCUGCUUCAGUACAUUACUUCUCUUGCACCUAUUCUACCUAUAACCAUCAAAAUAAAUGUUUUAGCCUUUGUAUUUUGAGAUUUUGACACCAUUCUGAUUGAACUGUUAUUACUUUUCCCUAUUUUUUUUUGCUUAUUUUUAAAAAAUUUCUUAUUUAUUUUUGGCAAUUCUGAAGGUGCUUAUGCUUUUGAUCUUCUCAUACUUUUUAUCCUCUCGGCAAUAGUUAUUUUUAAGGUAUACUGCGUCUGCCCAAUUUUAAGAUUAGGAAAUCUAUAAAUAGAAAUAAAAUAUAUUUCAUCUGUAAUGCAUGAUCAUUGAAACCUGGUGAAGACCUCUUUAAUAUGCUGUAUUUGAGUGCAGGUAUUAUUGUGAUGAUUCUGACUAGUGUUAAAUUUGGCAGAUUAUGGGGGGAAACACUGUUCUUUAGAGGGCUUUGGUUUACUGAAAAGUGAGCCCAUUUUGAUUCUGAAAGGAAGAAUCAAUUAUUUUCUCUAAAAGCCCCGGUCACCUGCUUUUCUUUCUUUCAUUCUUUUUCUUUUUUCUUUUUUUUUUCUU